AUGUCGUCCAUACACCGCGAUCGGAUAGUGAAGCAGAGAUUUGAUCCAUUCGUGAUUGCUGAUAUGCUUGCCACAGAGAGGAUGGAAAAGAGGAAAGCUAUGGAAGUCGCUUCGAGAAACACAGCUACCAUCGGAGGUCUGCAAAACCUAUUUCGUGAUUUUGCCCAAGAUGAACUCCCAGAAGUGAGCUCGCACAUUCGAGGAAUGGUCUUACCACGUUUAUUGACUGUUUGCAGGAUGCCGCACCUCUUGGAAUCAUCGAUGCCGACAAAAGGAAGAUGGAAUUCGCGAUCACACGAAGAACUCAUAGGGAUACCUUGGACCCUACCCAACGAACAUUCAGAAGCUCGCAGGCUUCAAUACAUGACUGUUUUUUCCACAGGAGAUCGCGACCUUCAGGUUCCGCGAGCUUUUGAUCAUGAAGAUCCAGUCGAGAGUCCAACAAAUAGUGCAGGUCGAAGUAGUUUGAAUACUCCUCAGAGAGACCCAAACAAAAAGUUCUCUCUUGCGGCUUACCAAAAGAUGAAGAAAGAUGGAAUCAAGCCUACACCAAGAACAUCUGAUACCCCGGAUUCACUCGCGGGUCUUUCGAGAGUUCUUCAAAUGCGAAGUACAAGGAAUGGGUCUGCGGUACACUCUGCGAGUAGAUCAGAGCAUGUAGUCAAGAAUGGCAUUGAUAGAAAUCCCCCUUCCCGAAGCAACCCAUCCAGACCACAUCAUCUCACCAAUGGCACCAAUGGCGUCAAAACUCGCACAGAGCAAACAAAGGAUAUUUCGAGAUCAAAGGAAAUAAAUGCACCACAAAAUAAAUCAUCCUCCAAAAUGAGCCCUUCAAUUCCCACAUGGAAUGCACCCAUGAAGCACAGCUUACCUCCUCGGCCACAGUCUCCACGAAGAGUGGUUUCAGAUGGCAGAAACAAUAAACGAUCACUUGAAUCAGAUGAACCAUCACAUGCAGAAAAGCGUGCCAGAACUGAUCGAGCGAAUUCGCAUCUUCAAAAAAUCGUCAAACCAGAUAAUAAUUCAUCCAAGGGAAAAGCCCCUCCUUCCAAUUUGAGCAAGUCAGAUGACCAUGCAUCUAAAUCCUCCAAGGGAGGCAGGGAGACGAAAUCAUACAAAUCAUCAGGAAAACCUAUUAAUCAUUUACCACCAUUACUAUCACCACUUCCCGCCGAUUUAACAACUCCUACCACGUUUGAUAGCCCUAAGAAAUCGGAUCAAAAGGCAUCCACGUCAAACACUCCAUCAAAGUCCAAGACUUCCGUCAGUGGAAAGAAACCUCCACCUAAAGAGUUAUCAUUGCAACAAGAACCACCAACAACUCCUCCAAGAACUGUAUCCCCCUUCGUACUUCCACCUUUACUUUCACCAACACUUCCUCCCAUUGUCGAAGCAGCAUUGGCGGAACAUAAGCAAAGGGAAGGAGAAAAGACUUCUUCUGCACCUGAGCAUCGUCAAGAAAAGUCGAAUUCAUUGACCGUUGAAGAACGUCAUACUCAAGCUCGUAAACCAGAUGCACCUGGUGUUGCCCGUAAGACUGUUACUGGUGCCAAAGUCGGUCAUCCUCCAAAAAGAUCUGCCUCAAAUACACCCCUACAAAAACCUCGUGAGGUUUCAAAAGCUCCAACUGCAAAUCAAUCAUUAAUUGUCAAGUUGCCUUAUUCUAGGAGGAAAGCUACAACUAUUGAACGAUUAGUUAGAUUAUCACCAAGACCUUCACAAGAUUUUACCAGACUUGAGAAUAUUAGAAAGAAGGAAGGCUUUGAAGCUAUGAUGGCUUAUGAUCUUUCACAGAAAGAGAAAGCUCCUGUUUUAUCUGCCAAUAUUGUUAUGGAUCAAUCGGUAUCAGAAUCUGAAGAGGAUAUACCUUUAUCAACUCAAGGCAGAAAGACCGUCUCUAGGAAACGCCCUAGUGAUGUUCUACCUUCAAAAGCUGAGCCACCAAUAAAGCGGGCGAAACGUCUUGAGAAUCUUGAUGUUACCACGGCUAGAAAGACUGUCCCUAGUCCAUUGAAAUCUCCUACGCGCCCUGGACCAUCUCAAAAAGGUUUACUUGCUACUCCUAAGAAGAAUGAGGGUUCUCGGGGUACCGCUAUGGUUAGAGUUUCUUCUAGUGAUGGAAAUCCUCAAACUCCCUCGGGCGCAAAUAUCACUGUAACGACUCCUCAGAGUAUCUCUACGAGUAGAUCUGACCAACUUAAAACUUUGGCCUAUAGUCUCAAGAAGAGAGGCGAACGUGAGACAAGGAUUAAUGGUAAUCAACAUCAACUUAAGCCUGUUGCUGAACGGACGGCUGGGGUUAUAGUUGUAAUUGAAAGUAUCUGUCAGUACAUGAGAUAUUUCAAUAGACUUCCUUGUGCUAGUCCUAGGGAAACUAGCUACAGUCAAAGAAGUCAGAAUGCUCAAAAUUGGGAUACAAUUAUUCCAAUGCUUGCUUGGCUUAAAAAUAUCAGUGAAGAUAUUCCUGUUCUUCAAGUAUUAUCUGCUCACCUUAAUGCUGUUUGUCUUGAAGUAUCGACUCGUGCUUUUAUUAGCAUGCCUACUUCACCAGGUAAUACUGAAGAUGAUCGAGCAAAGGAUCGUGGAAUUUGGUCUAAACAACAAUCACAAGAUUUGAAAAGGCAUGAUGCAUGGAGACAAAGUCAUCAUGUUGGAUACAAACUUUUGAAAGAUUUGUCCUUGAAGGGUGAACCUACAAUUAUUGGACCGUGGACCAGUGUUGAUACAAUUACAUCAUAUUGCAUGGAAGUUUGUACAGCAUUCAACAAGAAGGAUCAAUGGGGUUGGAAAAAGCAAGUUGACUUUUAG